AUGGGCAUCAUCACAGAUCCCGACGUGGACCCAGACAUGGUCCUCAACAGCAGCUUGGACCCACCCAGACACCAUCAUGGCCCCAGUGGCAUCAGAGGUUGCUUCAUCACCAACAUAAUGAAUUUGUACACUUGCGGGAUCCUCUUCUGCACGAGCCACAUAUUCAACGUCACUGCUCCAUAUCCGGCAGCGGCCUGUGCGUCCUUUUGGUACCAGCAGACCUUGAAAACCUCAGGCAGAACUGAGGCUGGUGGGCCACCAGCUUCAACAUGCACAAGUCCCUCUUUUUGUUACCCCUGCAAGCGCCUUGCCGGGCUGGAAACUCUUCCAAGUCCCAAUUCACCCACAGAGUUCUCUGAAGGGCGAGUCUCUACCGGCGUGCUAUCCUCUUCCCACGAGUUCUCUAAGACUUGGUGCCACUCCCGUCUCAGGCUCUUCCGCCUCCUCCUCCGGACUCUGCCAGUGAAGGGCACAGAAUGUGGGUUUAAACAGCUGCUAAUUCUCAAGGUGGUAAGCAUCCACGGCCUAACUAUGUGGUCCCAAGCAGGGAUCCAAGUCGUGCUUGAUAUGGGUCUAGGCCUUGGCCCCAUUGUCUACUUGUCUUCCCAUACGCCUGACUUCAGCAACUGUUUGGGGAACGCCUUCCUUAUGGGUCUGAUCAAGAUGUUCACUUUGUGGUUCACCACUCCCAUGAUCCUCUCCAUCCUGGGCUUCUGGGCCACCGUAGCCACACACCGCUGCUGUAAGAAGAACACAGAGAAGCUUAUAAUGCUGGUAGCCCGGGGGAUCCUACGGCCUGAGGUGCAGCCCCUUGGCAUGCAGAACAACCUGACCUCCACCGACAGUUCCUGCCUCAGCAGCCUCCUACCACCCUCGAGGAGGGCUGUCCUCAGCAAGGUGCCUGAAUGCAACACCCAAGAGCAGUUUCUGAAGCCCCGGUUUGUGUUCCUGGCCUCUCCUGAAGUCAUCUCGGUCGCUUCUGCAUCUGCCUUCUGGGCUGUCCUCCUUUUCCUGCUGCUGCUGAGUCUGGGGUUGUGUACCGUCUCGGUGUCCAUGCUGGCAUCAUUAUCCCCCUCCAGGACACCUCCUCCUCCUUCUUCGGGACAUCAAAGGAUACUUACAGCCCUAACGCCAGCCCUGGCUUAUGGUCUCCCCUUAGUCCCAUCAUCUCCCAGAGCUCUGAUCCUAAUGCUUCCUUCAGUGGGUGUUUCCAUGGUGAUGUUCCUGUGCGGCCUCUUCUUCAUCCACCGCUGGCUGCUGACUGGAUGCUGGACGGCGUUGCCCAUCAUCAGCACCGUCAUAUGUGAAAGCCUUGCUUUCCUCACAGACAUGACGGCUCUGCUGAGCCGCCCCAUCAGCCCUGUCUGUGGCUCUGUGGUGUUACCUGGCCCUGUGGUGUUGCUUGGCCUGGUAGUGGCCGUCUAGUUCAGCACAAAGCCCCUCACCUGCGUGGCCUGGGACUCGAACACUGUGAGUGCACCCUCUCUCAGAUCCUGGGGUUCCUUCUGCUCCUUUCAGCCAAGGCUGAGGACCUGGCCAUUGGCUCUGGUCAUGGAAGACUUCAGAAGAGAGAUGGUUCGUCUGUAUCCAAUGUGCGCCUUGACCCUGAAGGUCGGGCUGUAAGCCUUUGUCCUCAUCCCCAUUCCUGCCCGCUUUGCAUACUGCCUCACCUGGGGAUGCCCGGAACUGUCUUGUGGAAGUGGCCAGCCAUCGACUGAGAAAGGGGCCUCAAAGGAUACUCUACAGGGCUACAAAACAAAGUCUUUAUCAAGUUAGUGCCGCUACCUUCCCUCAUCGGGCCAGACAUCUCGCAUCUGUCACAGCAGACUGAAGAGGUCGCUCUCAACAGCAGCUUAAAGCUAUUAUUGCCUACUGGAUGCCCAGGGAGGGGCGGAGCCAUGGCUGGCUUUGCAAGUCGCUUCCUGGCUGGCCUUUUCCAUGGCCACACAGUGAUUCUCCAGCCCCUUGCUCAGUGCGGGCAAGCAUGCUCACUGCACUCCAGGCUCCGCCCGUGGAACCCGCUUUGAGUCUGUGGGUCUCCUGCAGGGGUAAGGGAAGUGCGGGGCCAAUAAACCAGUCACCUCAGCUCCAGACUCUGAGUGUGCUUUUU